CAGCACAAACCGAGUCUCAAACGCAGCCCUGCGCCUUGUAGCCCGUUGCCGCCCGCCGGACACGAUCGCGCAGUGCCAGCAUACAUGCCGGCGCCCCCAGAACUUGUGCGCGCAACCUCAACCUCGUGGGCGCCCCGCCCGAGCCACCCAUGACGCCCAUCCAAGAUGCCACGCCGAAGCCGCCCAAGUAUCCAGCCGACCUGGAUACGUCGAUAGUGCUGCCCAAGCAGCGAGCAUCGCCCGCCUCCUCCCUCGCAUCUCUGCCAUUCCGGACGUCGAACCCGUCGCUGCACAAGCUGUUUGAGUCCACCGCCUUGACAUCCACGUCGCGGCCCAGCUCGGGCACCGCGACGCCGACCCCCUCUGCAGGCCCUGGCUCCAUCCUCUCUCCUGGCUCGCGGCAGAAUGGCACAGGCACGCCGGGCAGCUUGCGGCCCGGCGUGUCAGACGAGCACCGGACUCUCAUACAACAGGCCUAUGCGCCGCAUGUCGUGGUUGUGGCCGACAAGGACACAGAGGACUUGAUACGUGGCAAAGGACUGGAUGGUGGACUGCUACAGCUCCUGCGACCGUUUGGCGAGUCGCUAUCUGGCAAGGUCACGAUACGGGACAGCGUCGGGGCCAGCAAGAGCUAUGAGGACUUUGGUGUGCGCUUCGUCGGCAUGGACCAGGUUUUGGGUCGUCCUCCCGCGCUGGAAGCCACUCCAAUGCGACCACGACCCGUGGGCGGCGAUGUUGCACAGGUCGAGGAACUGGUGGAGCGUCAUUUACAGUACUCCGAAUUCAGCGCUCAGGGUUCGGUGCCAGACUACCUGAACCAAGGCGAACCAGCUGCCCAGGAAAGUGGCAGAUCCCCCUUCUACACCUUAUACAUGCGGCGGCUACUGUCGGGCCUCCCCAUGGUCCCUCACGAGACCUUCGCGCAUCCAGUUGUAGGAGUCAUUGCGACCAGUUCACGAAGCGCAACCCCAGUGGAAGAACUUCGAGAUCUGUACAACAGACAGCAUCAGGGCGACCUCCGUGUUCCGCAGUGGGUCGAUGGAUUGUUUUUGCGGUACUAUGUCUUCAUCCACGAAGAGGAGACUGGCGAUAUCGCGAAAUCGAACACAACAUUUGAUGCUAUGAAGAGACAUUUUGGACUCAACUGCCACCUAUUGCGACUGAAAGGCCAACAAUGUAUAUCAUCCGACGACGAUGCCGUACGGUUACCGAGAUGCGAAUGGUUGUCCGCGUCGGAGGAGCUGUCAGAAAUCCAAAAGCAAGAAAACGCCGACGAGUUCACCGACCCUACCCCCUACAUUCCCGACUCAGACGUCACUGCAAUUAAAACCUUCGUUCGCGAGCUUGUCGCUCAGUCCAUGGUACCGCACAUGGAGCGUAACAUCCACCAAUGGAACGAACAAAUACUCGCCCGUCGUCGUGGUCUGUCUGGUCGCUUCAUGUCGCUCUCAAAACGCUGGACCACGUUUGGCUCCUCACGCUCAAGCUCCACGUCUACGAUUACCUCGUCGAAUUCCAACUAUGACUCUGUUGGAGGCUUCUAUCGCCCAGACGCUCCUGAAGCACUGAUGCGAAGGCUCGCUGACUACUGCUUCAUGCUGCGGGAUACCAAAUUGGCGCUCAGUACAUACGAGAUCCUAUGCACGGAUUACAACAAUGACAAAGCAUGGCAACACUAUGCAGGCGCCGCAGAAAUGGCUGCUCUUUCUGCACUCCUCUCCCCCGCCGCACUCACAGCUAAGAUACGCACCGAGAAGAUCGACGAAUGGAUUCGAUCAGCGACCUACAGCUACACUGACCGCCAACGUUCCGCAACCCCGUUCUAUGCUUUGAGAACCCUCGCCCUGUCCUUGGAGUUAUUACGCCUACGUGGCACCUCCGCCACUGAUGACGCCGCCCGCUGGGGCUCCCGCAUCCUCGAGAUGAAUCUCGUCGGACCCAUCGGUGCCGCCUUGGUCACAGAGCGCAUAUCUGCGUGCUUUUCCAUUCGACCUGGUCUUGGUGUCCUGAAGCUAGGCUCGAGACGCCGAAAAGCCGCGUUCUGGGCCGUCCUCGCUGCCGAAGAAUGGCGCCGCCAAAACAAAGCCCUGCAAGCAGAGAAAUGCCUCGAAGCCGCGCUGCAACUCUACGGUGCGCGUACAGAGACUUUCCAAGGCGGGCCCGUGCGCCUGCCCUUUGACGAGAUGCAGCACUUCGUCGACGAGCUGCGGCAACAGAUCCUCGGUCUGCGCCUUGCAAAUCGCGGGCUUGGUGAAGAUGAUGAGGUUGGGGAAACAGAGCAGAGUUUGCUGGUCGAGGAGGCGACGGAGACGCUGGAUGCGAGUCCACGCGCCCAUCGCAAAAGCCUCGUAGGGGCUGUAGCGCCGAACAUCGAUACAGGCCCCUUGAGUCCGACGCUGGAGAGGAUGCCGGAGAAGGAUGAUCUAUUUGAGGGCGCGGUGUAAUCGUAAUUACGUGCGAGAUCAGAGUCCGCACGUGCAUCCUUUCGAGCUUGUAUUUAUCACGGCAUUGCAGUGGCGUUUAGGUCAAGACUGGGUUGAAAUAUACACGGAGAGAUAGCGGGUGGAUGGUAGGGAGGGAGGCAGGCGUUAUAGCUACG